AAGUAAAAUAUGGUGCAUCUUCAUCUUCAACCUCUGACUAUAACUCACGCCCUGAAAUUAUUGUGGAGUCUGUUCAGUUACCAAAUAAAAGACCAGUUGAUGUUCAAGAAGUUGAUGAUCGCUGUCUUGUAAGUAUUGUUGGUACUUUGCCCACUUCUCCUUCUUCCCCACGUGCUGCUUCUUUCUCUAAUACUUCAACUCCUACCACUGAUAACAGCACAACUAAGGAUCAUGUCUCUGCUGAAUUGCCUAUACAUGUACAUGUAGGUAAAGGUGAGUUAUUUGGUGGAAUACAACAACAAAGGCAUGAUGAUUAUAACGAUCAAAGUGGUGUAUUGGUAAUGACUUACCAUGUUUUAAAAUACAGGCCUAAUGAAUCAUUAGCUUCAGAAGAUUACAAUAUUGAAGUUACACCGAUAGCUGUUGGAGAAAGUGAUAGUAAUAAUAUUGAGAUGUUUGCUCCUGACAACAUUGGUAACAAAAGGCCUGAUGAGUCAUUAGCUUUGGAAGAUGACAAUAUUGAAGCUAUACCAAUAGACGCUGGAGAUGAAUGUGGAACAAAGAAAGUAAAUAAAAAGAAAGAAGUAAAUAGUAAAAAUAUUGAGAUCUUUUCUGGAGGUCUUGAAGUUAAAACAUCUCUUGAAAUUGAUUCUUGUGUUAAUGUUUUUGUUGUGGGUAAUCCUGGAGCUAGUAAAACUACUCUUUGUCCUGUCAUCAAUGAUACAGCUGCUGGUCCUUUUGUAGAAGGUCUUUUUGUGGACGAACAUGAAGAGGAAAAAGAGAGAGUAAGUUAUAUAACUUUGGAAUGUUGGGAAAAGAGUAAUGAAAAUGGCCAAAGAAAUGCUUCUCCAAUCAUGAGUGGCAAAACUAAGUCAAAAGAAAUUUUACGUGCAAACAAAACAAUUGAUCGAGCUUUAGAUGCUAAAAAAGUUUUCAAUCGUCACAAAGGAUCUACAGAUUCAGCCACUGGAUUCAGCUCUCAAAGGCAAGCUAAUUACAGCCUUUCAUCAAAACUGUGUGAAGUAGUUUGGCAGUUUCUAUAUUUAAAGCUAAGUUUACUUAUUUGUAUAGUAAAUUGCAUCCCUUUCAGUGAUUUGAAUGAUGCAUUAUUGGUCUAUGAUAAAUCUACUAUAAAAUCCACAGUUGGUGUGUCUGUCUGGUUUGAAUCUCUCAACUACAA